AUGAAACGACCGACGGCCACUGUUUCGAAACUGGAAAUUCCCGAUUUUCAACUGCUCGUCUACAUUUUGUACGGCAAUUUCGACAAGGCAUUUCAAGGUGAGUGAGCCCGUCGGGACCGUCUCGAAAAAACGUUCCGUCGUUCGUUUCAGACACCCCAUUGCUGCACAGAUGUUCUGUUAUCGAUCGGCUGCUCAUCUACCUCUACCAGCACUCGCUGCUCAUCUCGAUCCUUCAACUCCUGAUCCACUACACCAUCCUCCACGACUCGGAUUUUCUGUCGAAUGUACCCGAUGACAAGUACCCGUUUCUGGCCGUCCUCGGUCUUUUCCUCGAACUCUACUCGAUCCGUGCCCUCAAUCCCCGACUCUUCACCCAAACCCUCAUUUUCUGCCUCCUCUCGCCCCUCUUCCACUUGUUCUUCGCCGGUUUCUACAACGAUCUGGUGAACGGCGCGUUCGAAACGAUCCGAUUGGGCGCGCUCACCGUCCUGGGCAUCGUCCUGUUCCUCCUCUCCACUUUCGUCCGUUGCAUUAUCGUGUCGAGCGAGGCGCAACUCGUGCGCAACAGACAACGGUGCACUAAGGAGAUCGAUCACGCCAUUUUCUAUGUCUGA